ACUAGGUGACGCGCACCAUCGUUGUCAGUUGGACUGGUGCUAUAAUCUGUGAAUAUGUAUAAACAGGUUACGGUCAAAAACUUGGGAACGGUUGGCUGUGUACUUUUCGCUCAUCAUGACCUGAACAGCUGGGCCUUGCCAGCAUCCAAGCUUAUAAACCAGUUAAAUAACUGAUAGGGUUGCUGAUUCUACCAACAAGGCCAAGUCUAUGGGAAGCUCUCAAAACUUGAGGAAGGAAUUCUUCAUGACGAAACUUCUCAUGCCAUGCGUUCCCCCUGGCGCCGAUCACGCGCCUGCGACUGACGUCGAAAGCCAUGAUUCCAUGCGGUACAAGAUUGCCAGCUCGGCCAGCGGUAGCUCAGCGUCACCGGUCGACACUAGUGUCUCUAGUGACAAGCAGGAUGAAGUUAAGGAGACGGAACGGGAAAAGCCAAUCCCAGUGAUCAUCGACUCGGAAACAUCUCCUUUAACGCAAACCACCCUCACAGAAGUUGAUGUUAUCAUUUCCCUCAUGCCAACCAAGACCUUCCUCCCAAGAUUUGAAACAGAGUGGAUGACUAGCGGAGCAGUCCAGCCUCCAGGAUCGACUGGGACAGACAUCUUCUUGCCUUCACAAUUAUCUCAUCGUGACGCAUCAUACACAUCAUCGGGGGGUACCAAAUCACAUGCUGGAGAUAUCUCAUAUACAACGACAGAUUCUGAAGGCAGCUUCACAGACCUUGAAGAGGGCCAUGGAGAAAAGGAGGUGCCUGAAAUCAAAGCAGUAGAACCGAUGAAGGAGGAUGUUCUUAUCCUGAAUGGAGGUACUGGAAUCCCGAUAGGGCCCGAUGGCGAACCACACCCGCUUUUGCCACCAAUAUCAUCCCGACACAAGGGGCGCAAAUGUCUCGUUCUUGACCUCGACGAGACCCUUGUUCACAGUAGUUUUGGGUCUCUUCGACAUGCGGAUUAUAUUGUACCAGUGGAAAUUGAGUGUCUUUGGCACGAUGUGAACGUCAUCAAGCGUCCGGGUGUGGACGACUUCCUGAAGAAGAUGGGCGAAAUAUAUGAGGUGGUGGUAUUCACCGCCAGCGUGAGCGAGUUUGCGGACCCCGUUCUGGAUAAGCUGGACAUCCAUCAAGCAGUGUCGCAUCGGCUAUUCAGAGAGAGUUGCUAUAACCACAAUGGGGACUAUGUCAAGGAUCUCUCCCAGCUGGGUCGUCCGCUCUCAGGUACCAUCAUUCUGGACAACUCUCCUGCAUCAUAUACUUUCCACCCCAAGAAUGCGGUCCCUGUUUCUUCCUGGUUCAAUGACCCACAUGACACAGAGCUCACUGAUCUUUGUCCUUUCCUUGCGGAUCUUGGUGGCGUAAGAGACGUUCGUGGAGUCUUGGAUGUCAGUCCGUAUGGGUAAUGGUGCAUUGUGUUUAAGGAAGAAGAAACCAAGAGAGCUGUAAGCUGCGACUGCAUUGGCCUCAUGAUUUUUAAUGCGAUAUUCUCUGGAAUAUCAUAUUGACAUCUAGUUUUGGGUUGUGAUUUUUCCAGUCUUGGGUGCACUCGUACAACGUUGAUCGUUACCGGCAAUUCUUGCCAUCAAGAGCAACUAACCAUAUUGCGAUAUAAUUUCUACUUGAAUAGCUUGUACUAUUGUGACAUUUUCCUCCCUUAUUUUAUGGAAUCUUUAUGUCUGUUUUCACCUUACACGACGAUGCCUCUUUCACUCUUGUCCGCACAAAACCACGAUCUCUGAUGAACUAUCAUAAUGGUAAUGUUACUUACUCACAACUGUAUCUGCU